AUGAAAAUUUUGUCUUCCAUCCUCUUUGCUGUCAGUUCCGCAGAAGGACUUUUCAAAGCGCCGAAGAAAGAUGCCGAUGGAAACAGAAUCAAGGCGAGCCAUCCCCAGAGACGACUUCAAGCUUUGAACCAAUUUCUCUGCUCCUGGAGCCAAAGCGGCCUCCCUGAUGGAAAGAACGAUCGAUUCUGCACUAGAAUGACGAGUUUCAUCAACCAACUUGACGAAGCUUUCAACCGAGAACAAUGCAGCUUCUACGAUCCCGCUGUGAAAAACGGUGGUCCAAAUCCAGAUGAAGAAACGCGAGGAAUGGUGCUGCGCAAGAACCCGAACGCCAAAGGUCGAAGCGUCUACCGCCACCGACUUGUCAACGGGAAGCACCCCGUUCGUCGACGAAGACGAAAUGCGGAUGAGGAGGACUGCGAGGGUAUGUCCGAUCUUGCUUGCGACCGAUUGGCGAUCCAGGACUUGAGCACUUGCACUGAGGAAGACAAGGCUGAUCCAUCAUUGGCUGCUUUUUGCUCUCCAGAAGAAUUGAAGCUAAUGCGAUCCCAGAACUCUUCUGAUCGAAAAUUGAAGCGAUUGACGACUGGAAUCAAGAAAUGGUGUGACAGAUACAUCUACGACUGCCACGGCCCAAGAGUGAAAGAAACCUGCGAAACCCGUGCACGAAACAUUUUAUUAAACAACAAAUCAGACAGCUAG